GCAUCUCGGCAGGAUUUUUGGAAACAUCCACCUGUGAAGACAAACUACACAAACCAUCAACACUUUGUAAAACUUCAACAUGAUCUUGUUCCUCUUCUUUUUCGGUCUGGCUCUGGGUGCUGUGAUUCCUACAGAUGACCAUGAAGUGAUGCUUCACCAAGGCAACUGUUCCAUGUUCUGGUCCAGGUUCAACGGUCGCUUCUACAAGUACAUCGCUACACGUAUGACCUGGGCUGAUGCAGAGCUUCAUUGUGUGUCAGAGGGAGCCAACCUGGUGUCUAUCCACAGUACUGAUGAACAGAAUUUUGUCACUUCCCUGAUCAAGAACUUUGAUCCUGCUCAGAAUUUGACCUGGAUCGGACUCAGUGACAUCCAUAAGGAGGGAGCAUGGAUGUGGUCUGAUGGGUCUAAAGUCAACUUUGUCUUUUGGAACGCAGGAGAGCCAAGCAAUGGUGAAGGACGGGAACACUGUGGACACACCAACUUUGACACAGGGUUUAAAUGGAAUGAUGUGACUUGUUCACGCACAUUUCCUUUUGUCUGUGCAUCUCGCACAGUUUAUCCUUAACAACUGAGAAACUCGCAAGAUAAAGAUACAAAAAUGAGAAAUUCGUUUCAUGAAUAUUCAUUUUCACGGAAAUGUGUAGAUGUAGAAGAAACAACAACGUUCAUAUGACUUGUGCUUUCUCAUGUUUUCAGUGAAUGACUUAUUCUAUGAUAAUAAAUGUGAUCAGCAGACGAAAAACCA